AUGUCAGAUCUUAGUUUUACAGGCAUUGUCAAAUCAUUUUUUGAUAGUUAUUCAAAAACUCCACAAAAAUUAAAGAUCAUUGAUCUUUUCCUUAUAUAUACAUUCUUAACUGGUGUUAUUGUAUUUGGUUAUUGUUGUUUAGUUGGUACUUUUCCAUUCAAUUCAUUUUUAGCUGCUUUCAUUAGUUGUGUUGGUUGUUUCGUUCUUGCUGCAUGUUUAAGAAUUCAAAUAAACCCAAUCAAUAACUUUAAUAAAACUAUUUCACCAGAAAGAGCAUUCACAGACUUUUUAUUAUGCAAUUUAAUUCUUCACCUUGUUGUUUUCAAUUUCUUAGGUUAA